AUGGGAAAAGCAAGCAAGUGGAUUCGAAAUUUCUUAACCGGAAACAAAGAGAGGUCAAAGGAAAAGAUUAUUCAGAGCGAGUAUGGAUUCACUUCACCGGUUCAAGGCAUUCCUAAAGAGAAACGUCGAUGGAGUUUUAGACGUUCUUCUGCCACUAGACCACCACCUUGUGCUUCUACCCUCAAAGAAUCAUCUCCACCGGCUCAACCGCUACAACCAUUUGAGGUCGCAAACGUGGACACUAAAAAUGAGGAGAACAAGAAUGCUACAGCCGCGGAGAUUGCAAUGGCUGUUGAAGAUUUUGCAGCAGUGAAGAUUCAAGCUUGCUAUCGUUCCCAUUUGGCGAGGAAAGCAUUAAGAGCGUUAAAAGGUUUAGUGAAACUACAAGCACUUGUGAGAGGUCAUUUAGUGAGGAAACAAGCCACAGCUACACUUAGAUGUAUGCAAGCAUUGAUUACACUUCAAGCCAAAGCUCGAGAACAGAGGAUUCGUAUGAUAGGAGGAGAUUCACCAACAAAACCCACAAAGCCAAGAACCUCGAUUCAUAAAACUCUGAUCAAUAACAUUUACCACGAGAAUGAGGAGAACACUGAGAAUGUGGAAAUAGACAUACAGUCUAAAUUUUACUCCCCGGUUAUGAGUCCUCGAUAUAGUAACCAUUUCGAGGAUUAUAACACGUUCCACACACCUCAAAGCAGUCCUCAGUGUUUCAGAUUCAAAGAGUAUUACAAUGGAGAUUCUUUGUCUUCUUACGGCUACCCUCUCUUCCCAAAUUACAUGGCUAAUACUCAGUCUUCUAAAGCCAAGGCUCGGUCUCAGAGUGCGCCGAGGCAGAGACCUCAUGAGAUCUAUGAGACGAAUACAAGCGUGAGGAGAAAAUCUUCAGUGGAAGCACCGAGGAACAACGGUGUGAUUAAGACUGUACGGAUGCAGAGAACUUCAUCUCAAUUAGGAAAGGAAAGUCAUCAUCAGUAUUAUCCGUGGAUGGCCACUAAACUCGAUAGAUCUAACAUUUCGCUUAUGGAGAGUGAAUGUGGAUCUACCAGUCCCAUUAUGACCAAUAUCAACCACGGUAGUCAUGUUAAUAUAUAUGAGUUUGAAAUAUUACUUGUUUCCCAAGAAACGUAA